GCAGCCAGUGACGUACUUGGACGAGAUCUUGGGCGUUGCGUUGGGCAGUCAUGCGUGUGGCGGCUUGGGCAUUCAUCAGACAUGUCGAAAUGGUUGCGAACCAGGGCUUCAGUCCGCCUGGGCCGUCCGUAUCCUUGGGUUCCAGCCUGGGGUCUUGCACUCUCAUUGGGACAUUGUUCGAUCGCAUUCCCACCAGAGCAUGCUUUUUAAGUGGAUGCGGAAUCUGUAAGAACCUAACCACUGGCCUGGGUUUGGCGGGCUUGAGAUUUUCCAGCGUUAGAGCGAGAUUGCAGAUGACCUCGACCUCGCAUCCUUUCUUCUGGUUCACCGCGAUAUCAGUGUUCCCAUUCCGGGUCAGCUGGUCAAGCUUGGUCAUUAUCACCAGCGCCAUCCAUUACUCACAACGGAGAUCUCCACGUACCACCCUCGCGAAUACUCUAUACACGCACACGGCAUAUCUUGACAGAGCCGUUGAUGGUCCGUUAUUAUAGAGCCAGGUGGCUUCUGUGCGCAUGUCCACCAGCCAAUUGCCGAUGCUUUCAUGACUGCUUGAGGCCGAAGCGCGAUGCUAGGUGUGGAUAGCACCACAUAUAAUGUCUUCUUUCCGCAUUCCAAGACACCUUGUUGUAUGACGUUUUCAUCCACUCAACAGUCGCAGCGAAUGAUAGUAGACGUGCUUCGUGCGCUUCGCUUCGCUGUUUCGAAUAGAUGGUGUCCACCGUCAUUAAGCCGAACUGCAGCAUAUGACUUCCCCCAGCGU